GGCAAGCGUACAUGUUGAAUGGCAGUCACGUGAUUGCAUGAUUGCGUGGAUAUAGCGGACAGGCAACUCUUUCACACAUCACGCGCACGAUAAAGGAAAUGCGUUUCCUUUGGUCCACACGCAUACGCAUGCAGAUCGAUCAAUCACGGCGAAAUAAAACCAUACACACGUUGCGCGUACGCAGCUAUUUCAAAACGAACUCAAGACCAUACAUACCAUAGUGUGUGUAUAAUGUAUAGUGUGGCUGUAUACGCCAUUGCACUUCCUGAAUCGACAAGCAGCAUCUCAUCCCAUCUACUAAGCAAACACUUGCACAGCACGCACGCACGAAGCUAUCCAUCCCAUCCACUGCACACCCAAUCAGCCCAUCCAUCCAUCCAUGUGUGCUAUCUCUUCUUGCCCGCGCCAUGGUGUCUGCCGCCCUCUCCCUCCGCCAGAAUCGACGGCAGCCACUCUGCCUUGUCCGUCAGCUCUCUCGACCGAGAUAAAGACGCCCAGCCCAGAAUCUGUCUGCCACCGCUUUCUUUGUCUGUCUCUUUGCCAGGAGACCCGCUCCCUCUGCUGCUGGUGGUGGUGCUGGUGGUGGAUGAGGAAGCGGACGACACAGUGGUGGGGGUGAGCACAUCCUCCCGUGGCACCGACACGUCGAUCGAGCAAUAGGUCGGGUGGCUGUGGCUGACGUGGCUGCUCUGGCUGGUGUAGAAGUGCAAGAACUGCUCUUUCCUCUUGACGUGUGAGAGGGAGAAGGGCGCCAGGAUGGUGACGAUGACCAGACAGCCGAGAGCGAUAGACGGGACCACCUCGUAGCUCCAGCUGUACCAGAUGGCGAGAAAGCACGGCAGCAGGGAUAUCAACACGCCGGGAGCGCAGAAAGCCACACAUCCCCAGAAAGAGCGGAUGGGCACCCAACAUGCCCUACCGAGGUCCGGCCGCGUCCACCGCAGAUGCAGGAAGGCCGCAUAGACAAUCACGUUGGUUGCGGCGUAAGACAGGGACGAGAUACUCGUGAGGCUCGUGAACUUGAGGAAGAUCGAGCAUGCCAUGGCGAACACGAAGAGGGCCACCAUUGCGCGGACGGGCUGCUGGUUGCUGGUGCGCUCGGCGAGGAAUGAGGGAAGGUAGCCGUGGUCGGCCAUGCAAGCGACGAACUCACAGGAAGUGGUGAGGUCGCCCACGAACUGCCCCAGUGCCGAGAUGACCGAGCCUGCGAUGACAAGGCGGCCGAGAACAACACCGAAGAGGCCGCCGCCGAUAGCUCUGGCCACCUCAACGAAAUACCCGUCGGUCCACGCGAUGUAGGUCGGCAGCACCGCCGCACCUGCAGUGUGAGAAGGAAGGGCAGAGAGAGGCGCGCAUACACACGUUCGUGUGUGGUGUGCCGAGGGCUUUCUCACCUGCCCAGAGCGGCAGGACGUAUGAGAUGGAGACGACGAUGCAGUUGACCAGCAUGGCUGUUGGGACGUUACGCAGAUCGCUGUUGUCCUCAACUCGCGUCAAAGCACUGUGGUAGCUGCACAACACACAAAACAAGACACGCACACAAACAAAAACAGACGCACACACAUGGGCAUGAGAGCCUCUCUCUCUCUUCCAGAGAGAGGUCUUUGUGCUUACCCAGAGUUGCACCAAAUCAAUGUCGUGAUGCCAGCGAAGAGCUGCAUCUGGUGGGGGUACUUGGGUAUGCUCAUGAAGGCCACUGGCGACACAGCCACAGGGGCCCAAAGCAGGAUAAUUACAAAGGGCAAUAUGGCCCCCACGGUGAGGCACACGAACACCGAGCCGAUCUGGUCGAUCUUGAGUGUGCAGAUGAAGAGCCCCAGGAACAUGAUGGUGAAGUUGAAGGCCGUCUCGAAGCGCUCAUCGGUGCCGAACAUCGGCACCCACUUGGACAAAUACCCGACCGAGCAUGAAGAAUAAGAACUGACACCCAAGAGAGUGCGAUGAUAAGAGUCGGUAUGGUUCCAUCAGUCGUCGGUGACUCACCCGAGCACAGUGCAUUCAUAGGCCAAAUAGAUAAUACCGGUCAGAAACCCUGAGAGCGGUCCGAGGCCGUAUCGGGCCCAUACCUGACACAUACAGGCAGGCAGGUUAUCCCAAUCGAUUACAGACUGAUUGCUGCCCCUCCUCUCCCUCUCCUCUGCACCAUGAGGGGUGCCUACCAUUGGCCCUCCGUUGUGCGGCAUCAUGAGGGAGAGCUCCAGACAGACGAGCGAGUAGGGAAAGGCAUAGAGGACGCACAUGGCGAGCUGACCGCCGAUGGCCAAGGGCAGCCCCAGGGACCGCACGAGCAUCUCCGACCCGUACACGCCGCCCGACACGGAGAAGAAUGCCAGACCCAGCAACCCAAGGAUGCCCAGCUUCGACUGGGCCCACGAAGAUGCUCCUGCUGUUGUCUUUGCCGCAUUGCCGUGGCCAUCAGAGAGGGAGCAGGCUGUGUAGGUGGUGCUGCUGCUGUGCGAUGACGGGGCGUGCAGAGGGCUCAGCGAUAGGGCUGCGUCACUCUCGAUGUCACAGCUCCGCAUAGUUUGCAGCGAGAGGAAGAAGAGAGAUGAGGAUGAGAGAACUGACUGAGGGGACGCUCCACAGCUCAGAGAGAAGGCCUCCGUUUCCUGUCCAUGCUUGUCAACGUCGUUGCGAUGGCUGCUGACCAACGCCUCACCGCAGAGAGGGAAUGAUAUCGCUCCGCAGCUGCGCUGCUCGA